AUGCGGGAUGUGAUGAUGGAUUGGAACGGAGUGGUGUUCAACAGCUCUAUGCACUUCUUUCGCCAUGGCUGCUUCUCCGACGCUGAUUUCACCUACCCCAGCGGCAACACCACGGUGCAGCGCAUGGGGCGCAUGGUGAGCAUGCUGUACACGCCCGCUACCAGCUUCUACCACUCCAUCAUCGAGUGGGUGCCGCAGUGGCUCGUGCUGAGGGAGCUGCUGGAAGAACACCCCAACAUCCUCAUUGUCAUGCGCGCUGCUCAGCUGCAGCUGUACAACAGCACGUUGAAGCGCAUAGUGGGAGUGGAACCAGCGCACAUGAACCUGCUCGUGCUGGACUGGCAGCACCGCAACACACUCUUCCUUGCACAGGCGCUCUAUCAGCCUGUCUACCGCUGCUGCGGCCGGGCCACGCCCACCAUCUGGCGUUUCCUCCGCCGGAACUUUUUUCUUCCGCCCGACGGGCUGCCCAUUUUCGAGCCCGAAACUUUCCGCCUCCGCCGAACCUCCCCGCUAAGUUACCAAGACAUAACAGACUUACUUAGCCAGCGAGAGGAGCAGCAGUCACACCAUCCCCGGCGGCUCGACGUGCUAAAGCCCGGACCUGUGCCGAGCCUAGCGGAGACGUUCGGGAUGACGACGGGGCUGAACUGGGUGACGAUCCUGGUUCGGAGGCCCGGGAAUUUGUCCAGGAAUUUGGAGGAGAGUGUGUAUGAGAGGGUGGAGGGGUGGAUGAGGAAGGAGUUUGGGGCGAGGCGAGUGGUGGUGUUUGAUGGAAGUCUGCAUCUCAUGGAAGGCAACGCGGCACACAUCCUUCUCGUGAACAACGUGACAGUCAAGACGGGCCUGCCACGUGUCGAUCAAUUCCUACUGUCCCAUGUUCACAUCCCCACCCCUCUGCCCCUCGUGCAGGCGGCACAUAUCCUCCUCGUGAACAACGUGACAGUCAGCAAGGCGGCACAUAUCCUUCUCGUGAACAACGUGACAGUCAAAACAGGCCUGCCUCGUGUCGAUCGAUUCCUGCUGCCCCGUGCUGACUGGACUGUGCACAGAAUGAAGGAGCACGGACCACACGGCUGGCUGCCAUCAAUGCUGCACCUCCUCCUCCGCAUGGCGCUCGAGCCGCUCCUCCCCGCCUCCCUCCUCCCCGCCCUCCUCGCCUCCAUCUCACCCUCCUCCCUCCUCACCCCCGGCCCGCUAGCUGGUGGGCGGGUGGAGUUUGAGGGGCAGCUGAAUGCUGCAAGCGAUGAGAGACCCAUGUGCUUUCAAACCCUUGUUGUGCCUGGGUUGCUUAAGGCGAUCACGUUCAAUGGUAUGGCAGAGGAGGCAGAGCUGGUGAGGCAGCGACUGAGAGAGGUCUUUCUCACGCCUGAGGGCCAACCAGUGCCCGAUAUUAUGGCAGCCAGCAGCAAUGGGGGCACAGGGAACAGCAGUAGCAGCAGUGGCAGCAGUGGCAGCGGUGGUGGUGGGGAUCGGCACUACCCUGACGAUGGGUCGCGGGUGCGGCUGCUGUAUGUGACGCGCAACGACACCAUGACGACUGGGCGGAGAGUCAUGCACCCAGACAGCCACAAGGCCCUGCAAGAGCUUUUCAACCGGAUGGGUUUCGAGGUGACAAUGACAGAAUAUGCAGUGCUCCCCUUUUCUCAACAGCUAGCCCUCACUGAUUCCGCCGAAGUCAUCGUGGCGCUACACGGCGCAGGCCUCACCAACCCCACCUGUUUCGCUCGCUCCGACGCAAUCGUUCUCGAGAUCUCCCCCUUCGGAGUGUUUUACGAUUUGUACUACUACACCGCGAUUAACGCGGGGAUAAACUACAUGCAGUAUCAGUGCACCGCGGGUCCUCCUCCCGCGCCUGCUAACGAUUCGCUCUAUGCGGGGAUGAGUCCGAUGGAGUGCGAUAAGGAUGCGGCGUUUGAGAAAGGAGUGUAG